GGCGGCCGCGCGGGAGCCCCUCGCCGUUAUGACUCUGGAGGAAGUGCACGGACAGGAGCCUGUGCCCGAGGGCCACGACCGGAUGCAGGGCGCCGGCAAGGCCCUCCACGAGCUGCUGGUGUCGGCGCAGCGGCGCGGCUGCCUCACGGCCGGCGUGUACGAGUCGGCCAAGCUGAUGAAUGUCGACCCGGACAACGUGGCCUUCUGCGUGCUGGCCGCCGACGAGGAGGACGAGGGGGACAUUGCGCUGCAGAUCCACUUCACCCUCAUCCAGGCGUUCUGCUGCGAGAACGACAUCGACAUCGUGCGCGUGAGCGACGUGCCCAAGCUGGCGGCCAUCGUGGGGGCCGGCGAGGAGCCGGGCGAGCCGCGGGACCUGCACUGCAUCCUCAUCACGAACCCGAAUGAGGAUGGCUGGAAGGAGCCCGCGCUGGAAAAGCUGAGCUUGUUUUGUGAAGAGAGCCGAAAUGUCAAUGACUGGGUGCCAACUAUUGCCCUGCCUGAGUGACGGUGACCCGGUGCGCUGGGGAGGCUGAAACCUUUGUUGCAUUCUCCAUGUGGUGUUGGCUCACCGAGGUGUGCAACAAGCUGCUGAUUCCAUGGAUUAGCCUGGUCAAGAGACUGGAUUAAAGUCGCUCAGACUGGCACACAGUGGGCUCUUACGGAGGAGAAGGGAAACGACCAGCUCGCUCCAGCAGCGAGCCCUGCUCGGCUGCAGCAGCGAGGGGCUGACGUGCCAUGGGACUGAAAGAAGUACUGCAAGUUUCCUGGUCGAGUGGAGCUGUUUCGGAAGGCGGAGAAAGUUGAGGGAAGUGGGCCAAAACUUUACAGGAGGACUGGGCAGGAUGUUCUGCCCAGGAACUGUUGGUGCUCUCUACAGAACAUGAAGAAAGGAAGUUUCCUUAUUUGAUGGACUACUUAAGACUGGUCACUGAGACAAAUACACAGAGACUCUUAGGCAGAUAAGCUUCAACAGGCCUCUGGGCCACUCUGCAGAACUGAUUUAAUAAUGCAAUAAUUUUUAUUGAAAUUGCUGCUAUUGAAGCUUUCAUAAUAAAUUU